CACGAAACAAGAUAGUCGGGAAGAGGGCUUUCGGUAUCACACAUAUACCCACGCACACACCCAUACACACGCGACGGUAUCCGGGACCGCCUGCAACCAUACCUUAGCGCCCACCCGCCCACACUUCUACACACAAGAUGUCGUCCCCCUUGCUGGCGGGAAAAGUCAUCAGCAUCACCGGCGCUGGAUCCGGGAUCGGACGAAGCUGUGCGAUCCGCCUCGCUCAGGACGGCGCCAAGGUGUCCCUGACGGACAUGUCGUCUGAAUUGCUCGAAGAGACGAUCGAGUUGGUCUGCACGGUGACGAGCAGGGAGAACGUAUUAGGGCGGGUAUUGGAUAUUGUUGAUAGACAGGAGGUGGAUGCGUGCGUCGAGGAGACCGUGAGGAGGUUUGGGAAGCUGGAUGGGGCCGUCAAUGCCGCUGGCGUGCAUCCGAAGGAAUCGGGGAAGGAACCUAUAUGGAACGUGACCGAUGACGACUGGGCGUUUGCGCAAGAUGUCAACGUGAGGGGGACACUCAACCUCGUCCGUCAAGGGGGAUUCUUUGGAGUCCCGGUCAAUCGUCGUCCUGGGUCGAUCUGCUCGGUAAAGGGAGGAGCCAAGUUGGCGGCUUAUACGGCUAGCAAACAUGCUGUUGUAGGAUUGAUGAGAGCUGCCGCUAUCGACGCUGCGCCUCAUGAUAUUCGGGUGAACGCUAUAUGCCCGGGCCCGAUCGACACCCCCAUGUUACGAUCUACCGUGGACGCCGAAAAAAGGGAUGCCAUGGCCCGAUCGCUCCCCAUCCAGCGUUUGGGUGGAGCCGAGGAAGUCGCCCAUCUCGCCUCGUUUUUGGUCUCGGAUCGAUCCAAGUUCAUCACCGGUUCUGUACAGAUGAUCGAUGGAGGACAGUCGGCGGCUUAAAGACAGUGAAAAUACCAAAUACAGCGUUCAUACCGAUCAUCAGGUGAAUGUGAG